AUGGAAGAAAAAGGCCAAUCAAAAAAUAAGCGAGUAAUGGAGUCUCCUUACGACUUUGAAUUGUAUUACUCUUUCAUAGCUAAGGUUAUUAACACAGACGAGUCGCUCAAGUCAUUCACAUUCAGCCACGACAAAAUUGUAGACCACCUGGAACGUGACGCACUACAGGCUGUAAUAGUUAUCCGGACUGCGCAGUAUGAACAAUUUUAUAAGCAUGUUCCCCUCAUAGCCGCUUUGCACAAAAUUGACUUCGUCUUGAUUGAGCAGCACUAUGUGAACACACCUGAUUUUAUCAAAUUACCGAAAACGGGCCUCAUCGGAAUCCUACCGCUGCAGACGGAAGAUCAGUCAAUCCCCGGCCUUUCCGAGAAAGUGCAAAGCCUAGUGUCCGUAGUGCACUCCUACCACUUGGACGUAACCCCCCCCUACUUGUUUAGCCACCCGAACUACAUCAAUACGAAGUUUAAAGUCGAAGAGAUAAAGGGAAAGCCCUAUGCGAAACAUCUUUCGCGAAAGGAGAGGAAAGCCUUACGGAAGUCGCUACGAAAAAGUAACAUAUAA